AAACCACGUUUUUGCAGGAACUGCUCUGCUCUGUCUGCCUUCUCUGUUUUGAGCAGCCAGCGCCUCACCGGGUCAGGUGACACCCCUCCGUAGCGUCACGUGACCCCGCCUGGAGACAGAAUGGUAUCUCGAUGCAAGACGCUUCACCUCGUCUUUGCUGAAGGGACGGGGAUGAAGAAGGGGGCGAAGUGCCCUGCUGCCGCCCAGUCUUCGUCGCGGUCCUAGCGCCGCUCUAUUUCCCUCCCGCGUCCAUUCAUUCCGUGGCUGCUGCGAAGGAGAGGCUCCAGGAAGGAAGAGAUGUGGUGCCUGUGGGGCUUGGUGCUGCUGCUGCUGUCGGGGGCUUGGGGCGGCGGCGGCGGCGGCGGCGGCUACUGGCUGGACGACGCGGCCCGGCUGGCCAGGGAGUUCGACGGCAUCGGGGCUGUCAGCGGCGGAGGGGCUACCUCCCGACUUCUGGUGAAUUACCCAGAGCCUUACCGUUCUCAGAUUUUAGAUUAUCUUUUUAAGCCGAAUUUUGGUGCUGCUUUGCAUAUCCUCAAAGUCGAGAUUGGAGGUGAUGCACAGUCUACAGAUGGAACUGAACCAUCUCAUAUGCACUAUGAAAAUGAUGAAAACUAUUUCAGGGGCUAUGAAUGGUGGCUAAUGAAAGAAGCUAAAAAAAGGAACCCUGGUAUUAAAUUAAUUGGUUUGGCCUUGGCUUUUCCAGAUGGUUGGAAAGGCAGAACUGGCCUUACAACUACCCAAGUCACUGCUUACAUUGUCUCUUGGAUUGUGGCAUGAUCUUUGUAUCAUUUUUUAAAGAUUUGGAAUGAGCGUCCUUUUAACAGCAAGUAUAUUAAGCUUUUAAGAUACACUUUGGAUAAACAAGAGCUUCAGCGUGUGAGGAUCAUAGCCAGCGAUAACCUCUGGGAGCCAAUUUCCUUUCUUGUGCUGCUUGACGCUGAGCUCCGUGAAGCAAUUGAUAUUAUUGGGGCUCAUUAUCCAGGAACAACAACAGUGCUUAAUGCCUUGCUGACUCACAAGAAACUUUGGUCUUCAGAAGAUUACAGCACCUUCAAUAAUGAAGAGGGUGCAGGUUGCUGGGCUCGAAUCCUGAACCAAAACUUUGUGAAUGGGAACAUGACAGCUACUAUUGCUUGGAAUUUAGUAGCCAGUUACUAUGAAGAUUUACCUUUUGGCCGAAGUGGUUUAAUGACAGCGCAAGAACCAUGGAGUGGACAUUACACUGUGAAUCCUCCUAUAUGGAUCACAGCACACACAAGCCAGUUCACACAACCAGGCUGGCAUUAUUUGCAAGUGGAUGGGCAUCUGGAAGCAGGUGGUAGCUACGUUGCUCUGACAGAUGGACAAGGCAAUCUUACUAUCAUCAUUGAAACAAUGACCCAUGGCCAUUCAAAGUGCAUCAGACCACCUUUAUUUCCAUUCAUUGUGUCACCCCAGAAAGCAACAUUCCACCUCAAAGGAUCCUUUAGCAAACUGCAGGCUCUUCAGAUGUGGUAUUCUAAGCUUGAAUUUUCAUCUUCAAACUCCACCUUGUUCAAGUCACUUGGGCCUAUAAAAGUCUGUGAGGGGGUGUUGACACUCAGUCUGGGUCUGGAUGAGAUCUAUACUUUGACAACACUGAAAACAGGCCAUAAAGGCUCUUUCCAAAAUCCUCCUCCAUCUCAGCCUUUUCCUUCCAAAUACAAGGAUGAUUUUAAUAUCCACAACCCAACUUUUAGUGAGGCACCAAACUUUGCUGAUCAAACUGGAGUGUUUGAGUACUUUGUAAACAGUUCUGAUCCAGGCGAGCACACCUUUACUCUCCGACAAGUGGUGACUCAGAGACCUGUAACUUGGGUCGCUGAUGCAGAGAAUACCAUCAGCGUUAUAGGCAAUUACAAAUGGGUUAACCUAACAAUAACAUGUGACAUUUACAUAGAAUCAGAAAAAGGAGGUGCAUUUAUUGGAGGAAGAGUUGACAAAGCUGGAAUAUAUGUUGGAAAUGCCAAAGGAAUUUUCUUCUGGGUCCUCCCUGAUGGCACAUAUCAAGUCACAGGCGACCUCCAUGGUAACAAUAUCUUGAUGAAAGGACUGUCUGGUGUGCGGGCUAAAGCAUGGCAUACGCUUACUCUGAUGCUUACGGGUUCCAACGCUUCUGGCAUGUUAAAUGGCAAUCCGCUCUGGGAGAAUGUCACUGUGUACUUUCCAAGAAAUGGCUGGGCAGCAAUUGGGACGCACUCUUUUGAAUUUACUCAAUUCGACAACUUUCAAGUUCAGGCCAGUUGAGGCUUCUGUCACACACAGUGAAGCCAAGCCUUCAUUCCUUUGAACCAGAGCCAAUUCAAGCCUUCAAUGUUUGAUUCAUCUGUUUGUAAAUGACAUUGGUGAGGAAGUUUUGUUUCUUUGCUAUAGUUUUUAACAAUGUAUUCAACUUUCCUCUGAGUAUACCUAUGUCUGUAUUGUCUCAGUUGGGUUUUCUUGGAAUUUAUGCUUUUAUUUCCUGGGCAGAAAACAUUUCUUUUAUGAAGUCUUUUCCCCCAGUUUCUUUUGCAAGCUCUAUAUAAAACUGCAAUAUAUUGCUAUUCUUUCAUUUGGUUGAAAUUUAAACCACCUAGCUUUAUUUUAAAGAAAUGUACAACAGAGACCUCACAAAACAGCUAUUUUUAAUACUUUCCAAUGAAGUCCAUUUCUUUCAGUAAGAGGCAGCUUACAGUAGGCACAUUAUUUCACUGAAGCUGACUAUUAUGAAGUGCUGUGGUUUUAAAGAUAUUUCAACUCUUUUGUUUUGCAUUUGAUGGAAUAAAAGACACAGCAGAUUGAAAUGCCUCCUCCCAGAAAGUGAGAGAUUUCACUCCUGCCCUUCUGAUAUCUUAAUUCAGUUUCCUAGAAAACAGACCAGUAAAUGGCUGGUUGGACCACUUAUUUUAAGUGAUCAAGCCACCCUUAUUUUAAACUACCUCCGCUGUUAACAGCUAGUAAAUAUGUUGCAAGUGCCUGUUAUUUAUUCUAAGGGUGAUAGUCCUACAACUGACAUUGCAUUUUGCUUUUUCCUGCCCUUGUCUCCUUCCUUGCUAAAUGGAAGGAGGAAAGCAUUUAAAGCAUUGCUGUGAAAAUUCAUGGUCAGUGCACUCAUGAAAAUCUCUACAUAGAAUCACUUUACAGCCCACACAUUUGUGUGAACUACAACCUCCAUAUGCAUUAUAUAUAUGUACGUGCCCCAGCUUCUUACGAUGAUGGUGACACUACCUAUGAGGAAGAAGUGCUUGGUACAAACUACACAUCUAUUAAUUAUCUUUCAAAGGAAAGAUAAUCUUUUAAGAGAUUUUUCCCCCUUACAAGAUUAUUUUUCCUUAAAAAGUCUCAGUCUUUUUAGUCAUAGUCAUAGCCUGGACUCAUAGGCAGGAAUAAUAUAUCCUAAACCAUAUGUUUUAGCAGCUAAAUAGAUUAUGAACUUUUUCAAGUACAUUGAUGCCUAUCUUGUAUGGAAUUGGAUGUCCCUAUGCCAAUACUGCUGUUGGUCCAAUGUGCUGGUCAGACCACAUUCCAAAAAUAAAAAUUGAGUUUUUCAUCACUCACCAGUUUAUCGGAUGUAAGGAAAUGACUGACUGCAUCUGAUCCAAAGACUAAAUGUUUUUUUACAUUUUUUUGCACUAGAUUAAAAGACAGUUCUGUUUUUUCAUUGUGUACUAAAUGUUCUUGUGGUAAUGAGUUCAGUUUCUUGUUAAUUUAUGAAAUAGUAGAUCUAAAAAUAAUUUUAUAAGUUAUGUUCACAAGGUUAAGCUGUUUGUUGGGCUUACCUGAUUCUUAAAAAGUUGCCUUGAUGUUGGUAAAUGAUUAAUUUUGACUACUACAAAGCUUAAUGUUUCAGAUGAGAAAAUAAAUGCUGUUUAACAUUUUAAA